AAGCUUAUAAGAGGCGUCCUUUAAAGCUUGAUGUGUUUUUGGAUUGGUAUCUUGCCUAUUUUGACUAUUGUCAUCAAGCAGAUUAACAGGUUGUGCAGGUUAUUCUUGCGGAAUGGCAAGAUGCCUCUUGUGGCCUAGAAGGAUGUGUGCUUACCUACUAAGGAAAGUGGCUUGGGCCUUAAAGACUUAAGGAGUUGGAAUUUGAGUCUCUUGGUGAGAACCUUAUGGGACUUCCAUUGUAAGAAGGAUUCCUUAUGGGUGAAGUGGGUGCAUCAAGAAUACUUAGAAUCAGGACGCUACCUACUUCAGCCGCAGCUACAGCUACUCUAUCUCGUGGGUUGCUGUAUUUUCUUCUCUGGGGCUCGAGAUCCAUAUGCUCGUCGGCAAAGUCUUCGGUCGACCAUUGCUCUCUUCUGUUGCGGCGCUGCGCCGAAGCCUCUUCCUUACGCAAUGGCAAAGCAGUUCAUGCCAAGCUCAUCAGAGCAGACGCACCCCCUACCCUGUUUCUCCACAACCACCUCCUCAACGCCUACAUCAAAUGUGGGGAUAUUCUGAGUGCUAUCCAGCUGUUCGAUGAAAUGCCCGACAAGAACGUGGUCUCCUGGACCUUAGUUAUCAUGGGCUACUUCCAGCACGGCUGUCCUGAGGACGCGCUCUCUCAGUUCAACCGCAUGCGCGGGGAAGGAGUGAAACCCAACGAGUUCACCCUUUCCUGUGCCCUCCAGUUAUGCUCCUUUUCUCAGGCUUCCUGUCUUGCCUCCCAACAAAUCUACUCCCUGAUUGUCCGCUCUGGAUUUGAAUCCAACGUUUUCCUGUUGAAUGCAUUCUUGGCGGCUCUGAUACGGCAUGGUAAAUUGGCAGAUGCAUCGGAAGCGUUUGACGAGUGUUUGUAUAAGGAUACUGUGUCCUGGAACACCAUGAUGGCUGGCUACUUGCAACUUUCUAACUCGGAACUUCCGGGUCUCUGGUGUAGGAUGAACCAAGAGGGAGUCAAGCCCGAUAACUUCACCUUUGCAAGCGUUCUCACUGGAUUGGCGGCUCUUUCUGAACUUAAAUUGGGUGUGCAAGUCCAUGCUCGACUGGUGAAGUCUGGUCAUGGGAGUGAGAUGUGUGUGGGAAACUCUUUGGUAGAUAUGUAUUUGAAAAAUCAGAGUUACAAUGAUGGUUACAGAACAUUUGAAGAAAUUCCUUCAAAAGAUGUCUGGUCCUGGACUCAGAUGGCUACAGGGUGCAUAAACUGUGGGAAACCCAUGGAAGCACUUGAAGUUAUUGGAGAAAUGAGAAAGAUAGGGAUGAAGCCAAACAAAUUCACCCUCGCCACUGCCCUCAAUGCUUGUGCCAGCUUAGCAUCUUUACAGGAAGGGGAGAAAGUUCAUGGCUGGAGAAUCAAACUUGGUGAUGACAUUGAUAUUUGUGUGGAUAACGCUCUACUUGACAUGUACGUGAAAUGCGGAUGCAUGAAUGGUGCAUUGGCCAUUUUUCGAUCAAUGGAUGACCGAUCUGUUGUGACAUGGACGUCAAUGAUAAUGGGUUAUGCACAAAAUGGAUAUGCCGAGAAAGCUCUUGAGAUUUUUGAAGAGAUGACGCUGGAGGGCACGCAACCCAAUUAUGUUACGUUUAUCUCUGUGCUUUAUGCAUGUAGCCAAGGAGGCUUUGUUGAUGAAGGGUUAAAAUAUUUCUGCUCCAUGACUCAAGACUAUGGACUCUUACCGGGAGAAGAUCACUAUGCGUGUAUGGUAGACCUCCUUGGGCGGGCAGGGCGUGUCACAGAAGCUGAAGAAUUAAUCUUAAGAAUGCCAUUUCAAGCAGGUUUGUUGGUAUGGAAGACUUUGCUCGGUGCUUGCUGGGUUCACGGGGAUACUGUAACUGCCUUCCGAGCUGCAAAGCAUGCAUUAGAUCUUGACAACAAAGAUCCUUUGACUUAUGUGUUAGUAUCCAACACGCUUGCCGGUUUGAGCAACUGGGAUGGCGUGGGUUCGAUGAGAAAACUAAUGGAAGCUAGGGAUUUAAAGAAAAUGCCUGCUUCCAGUUGGAUUGAAGUAGACAGAGAUCGAUCACAUGCAGCUGUGGCAGAUGGAUGAUGAUAAAUUCGUAUAAAAAUCAUACUUCUAUUUUUUUUUUUUUUUUUUUCACAUUUUGAUCUUCAUUGUAUGACUUGAUCAUUUUGCUGUUUAAAUCAUAUAAAGUUUUACCCAUCU